CAGUGAGCCUGCACUCUUAUUAGCUGCCUACAGUCUGGAAUAGAAGCAGAGGGAUGUUGGGGUGUGUGAAGUCUCUACUCGUCCCUCUCCUCAUACACUUCUUCUUCACUCUGUUCAGUGGUUGCCAUGGUGGCAAGAUCCUGGUGUUCCCCAUGGAAGGCAGCCAUUGGGUGAACAUGGAGGUGCUGGUGAAGGAGCUCCACUCCUGUGGGCACCAGCUGAGCGUGCUCCGGCAGUCUAAGAGUUGGUUUGUGCAGGAACACUCUCCUUACUACAGCUCUAUCCAUGUGAAAUUGGUCAAGAAGGAAGCUGGUUCAGAUCUGUUCGGCACUGCCGUACGCAAUGUCCUGGAGGGCCGCAGGAUCGGCCCCUUCGCGGGAGCUCUGGCCCAGGUGUAAGAGCUGAGCCGAAUAAUGAAGAUAGCCCACAGGUUUACUUGUGGGAUGCUGGCCACCAUGCUGGAGGACAAAGAUCUGAUGGCUCAAUUGAGGGAUGAUCACUAUGACCUGAUGCUGACUGACCCUGGGAUGCCUGCAGUCUACAAUGUGCGAUGGACCACUUUCGGUGAGGGCCACUUCUCCAUUGCUCCAUCGCCUAUCUCCUAUGUGCCUGUGCCUGGUACUGGGUUGACGGACGACAUGGGGUUGCUGGAGAGAACCCGCAACUUCCUGCACUACUGCCUGAACCUACUUCAGGAACGCUGGUUGAUUCUGCCAAUUUACAAUGACCUUCUACACCAUCAUUUCCCUCCAGGUGCCAACAUCCCAGAUAUGCAGUAUGCUGCUGACCUUUGGCUGAUACGGGUGGACUUUGUGUUUGAGUUCCCACGUCCCUCCAUGCCCAACUUGGUAUACAUUGGAGGCUUUCAGUGCCACCCAGCCAGGGAGUUGCCAGCUGAGCUGGAGGCAUUCAUGCAAAGCUCUGGUGAAGCUGGGGUGGUCUUAAUGUCUCUGGGUACUUUUAUCACUGCUUUGCCCAAGGAAGUGACUGAAGCCAUUGCGCUUUCUUUUGCGCAGCUCCCUCAGAAGGUGGUGUGGAGGUUUGUGGGGAAGAGGCCAUCCACAUUGGGCAACAACACUCUGCUCAUGCAAUGGAUGCCACAGAGUGACCUUCUGGGUCACCCUAAGACCCGUGCCUUUGUGGCCCAUGGUGGCACCAAUGGCCUCUAUGAGGCCAUCUACCAUGGGGUGCCAGUGCUCGGACUGCCACUGCUCUUUGACCAGUUGGAUAACGUGGUGCGACUAGAGGCUCGUGGUGCUGCUCGCGUGCUGGAUGCUGCCACACUUAGGGCAGAAGGUUUCCUGGAGGCACUGCGAGAAAUCUUGGAGAAUCCAUCUUAUCGCCUCAACAUGCAAAAGCUUUCCCGCCUGCACCAAGACCAGCCAAUGCGUCCUUUGGACAAAGCUGCAUUCUGGGUUGAAUAUGUCAUCCGACACAAGGGGGCGCCCCACCUUCGCACAGAAGCUUAUAUCAUGCCCUUCUAUUCAUACUACAGCUUGGAUGUGGCAGCACUGCUGCUAUCUCUGCCUCUGCUGGCCACGGGAGGCUUCCUCAUGCUUUUUCGGACUCUGAUAUGCAGGAAAGACUUGAAGACAAUGAAAGAAGAAGAUACUGAAAGAGAACACAAACGUUCUGAAAGAAAACAGUAGCGUUGUGAAGGAAAAGAGUAACAUUUUAAGGAUUUCGUGCUUGCUUAGCCAAGAGCAGGCAAAAAGGAAGCUUGACUCAUUAACAGGAUUACUGAGAGAUAAAAGAUGUUUAUCAGAAAAGGACAGAAAUGCCCUUAUUAAGAUGCCCUAACGAUAAUUACGGCACCACAUUAACCACAUAUUCACUUUCAUAACUCACUUUGCUCUCAUUCACUCUCCCUUCCUCCCUAUCUUUCUUUUCUUCUCCUCUCUGUGUGGACGCAGAGCUGUGCCCCUCUCAGCUCAAAGGAUUCCCUGCCAAGACCAACUGAGUGCUUAUGAUUAGGCGCAGACCACUUCCUGGAAUCAUUAAAGUUUCCACUAAUCCCCUCUUUGCAUAACGCUAGGACCGAGAGUAAUUGUAGAAUAGAAAAAAGAAGUCAGGAUCAUCUGUUCAGUAAACAGACUGGCCCGCCUGGGGUGAUGUAAUCACGCAGUCGGCCGGAUAAGAUCUGUGAUCACUGAAUAAUUUGGCGAUUAUCUCAUUUAUCCCUAUCUCGUAUAAUCCAGCAAAUGUUUCUUUCUCUUUUUGUCUAUUUUCAGACACGUGUACACAAACGCGCACGGCAAUACGCAAUACGGCUGGAUCGCAAUCAAAUAAAACCAUAUUUUGAUGACAAAGAAUUUGUCUGUGGUCAGCACUAUUUUCUAAUAUCAGCAGAUGUGAUGGCAUUUCACCAGUAGGUGGAGCAACAGAUGCAUUUUUAAUAGAUGGUUCCCAUGAUGAAUCUUUCAGGUGGAGCGACUAAAAACAGGCCGAUUACGCUCAAAGACAAUGAUGAAUCUACCACUUACAAAACAAAUGCAUUUCAGAUCAGAACACGGAGCAGCGUAUUUUUGCUUCAGAAGAAAUCCCAGCCUGGAGAAGGUCCUUCUCCUCAUCAGAUAAGAGAGGAGAGAUGGACAGAUUGACGGACAGGGCAAUAAGAUGAAGAGAGCGGGAGAAAGAAGAGAGCUAAAGCUGAUUGAGAGGGCAUUAGGCAUGGCUGUAGACGCUAAUGUAUGCUUCUAAUGACUCAUUAUCUCAUUAUCAAUCUUUCUCUCACUCAUCUUUUCUUUUUCCCACUCUCUCUAUCCCCUCCCAAUCGACUAGCAAUGAUGGGAAUAGCAAUUAGGACGCUGGGCUGCCAAAUGGCUAUUUUAAUUAGCUUUCCUUAAGAGAGACAAGGAGGUGGGAGGGCACAGACAGAAAGAGAAGGGGGAGGGGCAAGUGAGAGGGAGAUGGUGAGAGAGAGGGAGAGAGACUGAUGUUCUUAAUAAGUGUAUUAGAUUAGGAGGUCAUUAAACCUAUGCUCGGAUUGAUGAUUAGGAAUUCCUGCAGGUCGUAGAAACUUAUUAACGUGGCCCACUCAGUGUUAAUAGAACUAUCCUAUUUGUGUUAAACGCAAAGAAAUUAAAACUAAAAAGCAAUUACAGCGUGAUGGCAUCGUCCGUCGCCCUCCCGUGGUCAGCCAUCACCUCAGUGAAGAGCCAGUUAAAAGCUUUAAGGGUGGAAAGGAGUCCCGUCACCUCUGGACCUUUUGAUCCUUUCUCAGUGUUGCUCAGUGUUCUGAGUGUUUCCUACAGAUCGGAAAAUUGAAAACAUUCUAGAUUCUACUUAAUGUUCUGAAUUUUACCUAAUGUUGGGAAUUUUGUUAAUUUUUCCCAACAUUUAAAAUUUUACCUAAUGUUCUGAAUUUCCAUA